CGGGUUCUUGCUGCAGAAGUCAAGUCUAUGCGAGCUGUUUGCACGUCAUCCAUAGCAGUGUCAUGUGCCCCGCUGGCGGUGUCUCUCACGCUGCACUGGCUUUCGGUCUUAUUCCGCCGUCUACCGCGGCUAUUGCUCUCAUGUCUGGUUUUGUUAUUCAUUCGCAGUUCAGAACACGAGUUCCGGAGAAACCUACUACUAACCUUGUGGCGCGCAGGCAUAGAGUUAAUGAGCGAGAUGCACUAAACCACUUACGGGCAUAAAGUACGAUAUUGUGGAGCCGUAGACUAUGGUCUCGGACUAGCUGUGAAGGAGAAACAAAUUGAAGUAUAGGAAAGCAUCAACUCGAGGGUUAUAAAGGUUCAGGCAAUACCCAAGUGAACCAUUAUGUCUGCAGUUCUAAGUCUGGCAUAUCCUUGCAAGUCAUCUUUCUUUCUCCACAUCCCUUCCCACCAGAACGAGUGAUUUAAAGGACUGAACAGCUCCCAAUAUGGCUUCUGCAAAUGAUACCCCUGGCUAUAUCCCAGUCUCCGAAUGGCCGAACCUCGAUGCCCUCGCGGUAGGCUUCAAUGAGCACUUGAUGGCUGAGUCCCACAAGCUCAUCGGGAAGAGCCUAACGCUCUUCCUCAACGAGGCCAAUCUCACACGGAUCGCGCACCGUUUUAUUGACGAUGACACUCUAGAAUGGGAGGUUCAGAGCAAUAAACAGACCGGGUCUGCGAAGUAUAAAGCCUUCGAAGUCCGGCCAGACACCUUCUUUGUCGACUUUCACAAGCCCGAUUAUCAAGAGCAAGUCAGUCUCGUGAUGAACCUGCGCACCGGUCAAGCCAUUGUUGGACUCUCUGGCUUUCACAUCAAAGACGGGCAGAAACGGACCUGGACUCGGUUCUCGAACGCCUCAAUUGACCGACGUAACGAUGUUGUCCCGUUUGCGCCGACAACAGAUCUUAUCGGUAAACACAUCCUAUACCGCUACACGCCUCGGGAUGCCUACGAGCACAUCUACCUAAAUCAAGGCACAUUGACGUGGCAUUGUCUGAGUGGGACCGAAAAAGGGCUUGCAGACACUGAGCCAUGUAAAAUGCUGAAGCUGGAUGAGAAAUUGUAUCUGCUGUUCUGGAGUGAGAAGAUCAUGCCUGUUGAAUCGAUUGUCGUGGUGGAUCUUCAACAGAUGCGCUCGACAGGCCGGUUCUUCUGCUGGGAUCCGAAGCCGGCAAGAAUGGUGCAGAUGUUAUUUGGUUCGUACGCGACGAUAUUGGCUGAAACGGAUGCUGCUGGAACGCUUGCCUUGAGAGGAUCGCAUAUCUGAUCAUGGCUUCCAAGGAAAGGCGUACUGGAUAGUUAAGGUAGCGAGAUGAGCAUGUAGCAUUUAGUGAUAAGCAGUCACAACUGUAUGCCCGAUCAGAUAUUCAGAUGCAUAUUAUCCUUGGCUUUCUGCUUAUCAUUUGUUUAUCAAAUCCCUGGGUUCACGAUUGGAUAAGGUGGGGAAGACGGAGUAUUUCCGUAGCAUUGC